AUGGAAAUGUUGGACUUGAAGAGAAAUGAAGUUGCAAAUGAAGAGAAUUCCAGCCAAUACUUUCCUUAUAAUAUUUACGAUAAGUUCAACAAGGGGAAAGAGAUUGUGGUGGAUGAAGAAGCGAAUGAUGAUGAAAAGAAGAUGGCUAGAAAGCUGAGUUUAGUUGCAUUAUGGUGUAUACAAACAAAUCCGAUACAACGCCCUUCAAUGAGUAAAGUAGUAGAAAUGCUUGAAGGCGAAGUUGAAGUGCUAGAAGUACCUCCUCAGCCUCUUCAAUCUGAACCGAUUGUUCAUCAGAUCAUGGGAAGUUCUACGACAUUUUCGUCUGAUUCCAUAGCUUUGUUAGAUAAUUCCGUUGAGGUAGACAUUUAUGCUGAUUGA